AUCUGGCCCGCUCCUCGGCUUUUUUUUCAGCUGUGAUGUGAGCAUCAUGAUUCCACGAAGCAUUUCUCGCAGGCCAUUGAGGGCCGUUGCUUUCGCUGCCAUUGUGUUUCUCCUGGUGUAUUCAUUAAAUGGAGUUUCUUUAUCUGACUUUGGCGGACGCGGGUAUCAUAAAUGGAGUUGGCAGUCAUCUUAUGGUGUUUCCCCUUUCAACGAGACGAGUAAGUCUGCGCGUGCAGCAGUUGCCCGCGAUGUGCAAAUCAUCGUCAAAACUGGCGGCUCGGAACCCCUUGGUCGUCUUACAACGCAAUUAGCGACAAUGCUUACCGAAGUUCCAAUGCAAAAUCUCCUUCUCUUAUCUGAUCUCGAAGAGGAUGUUGGGUUUUACCAUGUCCACGAUGUGUUGAAGGAUAUCCCAGCCGAGGAACGGGCAUCAUAUCCCGCAUUUAAUUUAUACGACCAGCAGCAGGCGCUCAAGGCAGAAGGGAAGGAUACAAGAACAUUGAAUGGAUGGGAGUUGGAUAGAUACAAGAACCUCCCGAUUAAGCGCAAGCUAUGGAAUGCUCAACAGUACAUGAAGAAGGAAGAUCGAAAGAAAUGGUUUCUGUUCAUUGAUACGGACACUUGGGUGGAGUGGGAUAAUCUGUUCGAGCUUUUGGGACAUCUGGAUUAUAGGGAGAAACUGUACAUGGGGAGCCCAGUCUGGAGAAAACCACUCAUAGAGUUCGCGCACGGAGGUAGUGCGUACGUUCUUUCAUACGGCGCAUUGGAGGCACUGAACAAGCCCGACGCGCAUACUCUUGGCACACCAUUAUACAGUCAAUAUGGCGUAAACGUGACCGAUAUAUGCUGUGGCGAUCUGGCAGUGGCUCUGGCUUUGAAUGACAGGGGGAUUGGCAUGAAAGGGUACUGGCCAAUGUUUAAUGGAGAAAUCGCAGCAACAAGCCCAUACGGAGACGACCACUGGUGUGAACCUGUUAUCUCGUUUCAUCACAUUGGAGAGUCUGAAUUGGAUGAUUUUUGGCGUUGGCACAAGGAUUGGAAGAACAAAACGCAGGGAUUGCAACCACUUUUGUACAAGGAUGUGUAUGAAUAUGUCAAGGACGGUUUUAUGGACAAGCAUGAAGACUGGAACAACAUUGAGGAAGUUACCAGACGUCUCGAUGCCGCGACUUUCGACGACUGUAAGGAUGCCUGCGAGGUCGACAGAUUUUGUUAUCAAUAUACCCACCAUGGUGACAAGUGCGACAUAGCGCAUUACUUCCGAGUGGGUCGAGUCAGGCCUGCGGAAUUCGGGAAAGAGAAAUUCGUUGCUGGUUGGCAUCUGGGUCGGAUCCAAAACUUCAUUGCGAACAAGAAGUGCAAGACAGCGCAUUGGGUCAAGUCUAAUCCUUGAUUUACUUGAGUGGAGUUCGGUCCUGGGUACAGGAAAAUGGGUUGGAUGUACAACAUUGGUAUUUAGAGCCUGGAGGACAUACAUAUUGCUGAGUUAGCGGGCAUCUGGAUAUUCGGGACGGAUUUGAAGAAAUAAGGGGUGGGGGGCUGGAUGGUCGAGAUGUAGACGGACGGAGAAAUGUUGUCAUAUUUUACUGGUUUCUUGAUCUUUGCCAUUUAUAUAAUGCGUUGUUCCAUGGUAAUGUGUAUGAAUUGGUGGACCUGGGAAGUUUGGAUUGCCUGGUUGGUCGGCGGGG